UGAGACGUGUGGGUGCAGUCUGUACUUGGGGCACACGUUUGCCUCGCUCAGCUGUGCUGCAUUCUUUGUACACACAAUAAGACGUUUCGUCGCGCACGUUAAAUGCCGUUUCUGUCAGCAUGAGAUUUGGUAUGUCGAGAAUUAAAGCUUUAGAGCUAAAAUCAGAGCUCAAAGCACUGGAAGUUAUUGGCGCCUGACGGCGUCUGUUUGCACUGCCGCGAGUGUUCCAUAUUUUUUCUCUCGUGGUACCCGCCAUCGUGUGAUUGUGAACGUGUGUGUCGUUAAUCGUCAUUGUGAUUUAAUUCCCCAGAGUUCAAUCAAAGGAAUUUAUAAUAAAAUCAAAUCAAACAAAAAUUUAUUUCGAUUUAACAAAGGAGGUUAUUCUAGUUUACCACGAGUGCCACGAGGACUAGUGAGGAUAGAUUACCAAAGGUAUCAAGGGAGAUGCAAGCAGAGCUGAUGUAUAGAAAGCCCGUUAUGACAGCCAGAGAAAUGUCUUCCGAACACCAGGGUGUUCACCGAGUCAAAAGAGACUCCAAAGACUCUAAAGAAACCAUCCAUUCUGGUCAUUUUAUGGUCUCAGAUUUUGAAGCAGAAGCUCAAGAUGAUGAAGAUGAAUUAGCUGUACCUGUACCUGAAGAAGAAGCUGUAAAAAAUACAAUUAUCGCACCUGUCGGAUUUUCUAUAGAUAAAUUCAUUACAAACUCGUCAACAGAGAAAAGUCCACAACAACUUAGUAUUGAAACUUCUCUAAAUAAACUCUUCCAAUGCAUGUCAUUGGCUUACAGACAGAAAUUAACAUCGCCAAAGUGGAAUCGUUUUAAAGGUAUCAGAUUAAGAUGGAAAGACAAGAUAAGAUUGAACAAUGUUAUUUGGAGGUGCUGGCAUAUGCAAUUUAUUUUGAAGCAAAAUACUCUAGUGUGCCAAUUCGCCUCGCCCCUUGAUGUGGAUACCCACAAUAAGCCUGAAGCUGUGGUACUGGAAGGUAAAUAUUGGAAACGAAAACUUGCUGCUGUUACUGCUGAGUAUAAAAAAUGGCGCAUGUUUUAUCGCAACAAGAUCUUAGGAUGGACCAACAAAGAUGGGGUAGAUAUGUUGGAAUCGAUGGACGUUCUAGAUUGGGGCGGUGGAAUGGAAUCAUCAGGGAGUUUUCCUGGAAGUAUGACAAGCUCACACGGAAAUUUAAGCGGAGUACAAGGCCCGGAUAGUAUGAUGGUAGAUGCGGAUUAUAUGGAACUAAUGACAGAUACUCUCUUUUCAACAAUUAGUUCUAACCAGCCUAUUUAUUUCCCUGAUCCUCGUGAAAUUGCACGUGGUGCAAGUUUGGCGGAUUUUAUUCAACCUAGUCUGGGACCACUUCAACCAAACUUAGACGACUUUAUGGAUACCUUAGAACCCUUACAGGAAUUUUUAAACUGUAAACUUCCACCAGUACCUGAAGAAGAAGAUAUAUUUAGAAGUGGUGGAUUAAGUAGCAAUUAUUCUGAUCUUGAUUUGAUGACAUCACUAAAUCAAGAAAGUAAUCAAAUAAACGAAGCUCCAGUAACAAAUAAUUCUCAAGCACCAGUGCAAACUAUUGUUCAACGGCAAAAUCAAUCUCCAGAUUCACAAAAUCUUCAGUAUACAGCAAAAAUUUAUACUCAACCACAGGAAUCUAAUGUUUAUAGAAGUAAUACAGUAAAUAUUACGGAAAAUUAUAAUCCAGGAAGACAACCUUAUGAAAACAACACAGUAAUGAGAGAAAAAAUACCUCGUGCUGGUCGACCAAUGACUCGAGGAAACCGAAUUAUUCAACAGCCACCUCAACAAACAUUUAAUCAACCGCAACAAGUCGUUUCUUAUUCUCAGCAUCAAGCACAAGCCUCUCCCCGACCAACGUUUAAUUCUUUAGAACUUCAAACAGUUCAAAUAAAUUCAAACUCUACUCCAGUAGGAAUAAGUGUUACAAAUCAAAUACCGUCAGUAGAUAGUCAGGUUCAUGGCCUCAUAACUCCAUCUAGUUUUCCUCAAGUACCUCAUGAAACUCAACAGAGAGCUAUUAAACCUUUACCAGUACCAAAUCAAAUUUCCGAUCCUUUUAAGCUGAUCCAACCUCAGCAGACGUAUAAAUUAUCUACUACUACUACUUUACCACAGUCUUUCAAUCCACAGUACAAGUUUAAAGCGAAUAACAUAAAGAGUAUUACUGCUCCAGUUACAGUUUCAGUAUCAACACCAAGUUCGCCAGCGCAAUCACAUAUUCUUCUUCAAUGUAAGCCAUCUGGAUUAGACUUAACUGCAACUCCUCACCAAGCAAAGCUUUUACCGCGACCCACGAAUAUUUUAAAUGUAGAAAAAGAAGAUAUUUUUGCUGUGCCAAAAUAUCAAAUGAAAGCAAGAAGUAGAUCGAGGAGUAGUUCAGCUCUUUCUGGUCCAAGAAAUCCACCACCUUUAGUAUCUGCUGUUAGUGAUCCAACGUUAAACCUCAACAAUAAUGUACUUUUAGCACAUUUAUUGACCAAUAACUCAUCUAAUUUGUAUACAGUAACUAGUGGACCCGAAAAAAUAAUGUCAGUAUCGACGACUUCGACGCCUACGGUUAAAAAUAUUUUACCUAUGUUUCCACCAACUACUUUAGUUGGUCAAGUGUCUAAUUCUACUCAAAUCACUACACCCAUUACGAUUCAAACUCUAUCAAAUCCAACACCUGGACAGUCUCAAACGCAUCAAAGAACCAACACUCAAGUAAUGCUCAAUCCUACAGGCCAAAAUCAUCAAACUCAAGGCAGCCCAGGUUCUCCAAAUGAUUCCACUAGCGCACAUAGUCCUCAAGCUUUAAAUAUUAGUCCUCUACAUAGUCCUAUGAGCAUUGGUAGUCCUCUUUCGCCCUCGAGAAUUUUUGUUAAGGGCGAACCUGAACGUGGACAAUACAAAGAACAACGACGAGUUGGACAUAUUCAUGCUGAACAAAAACGGAGAUAUAAUAUUAAAAAUGGCUUUGAUAUGUUACACAGUCUUAUUCCACAACUCAGCCAAAAUCCUAAUACAAAAUUAAGCAAAGCGGCAAUGUUACAAAAAGGUGCGGAUUACAUUAGACAGUUAAGAGCAGAAAGAAAUCAACUCAAUGAAGAAAUGGAUAAUCUUAGAAAACAAAUUGAAACUUUGAAUACUUCCAUAAGUAAUUGUCAGUCUCUAUUACCAGCAACUGGAGCUCCGGUGUCUAGACAAAGAACAAGUAAAAUGAAGGAAAUGUAUGAUGAAUACGUUCGAAAACGUACUCAAGAAAAUUGGAAAUUUUGGAUCUUCAGCAAACUAUUAGAGCCACUAUUGAUAUCGUUCAAUGGAUCGGUCUCAACAGCAAGUAUAGACGAUUUAUGCCGGAGUACAAUGAUUUGGGUUGAACAAAGCUGUUCUCUUGUAGAUCUUAGACCAGCGGUCUUAAAUUCGCUGAGGUAUCUUUGUACAGCAACAGACAUACUUUCCGAUCCAAGUAGAUUACCUGAAGAAGCACUUGCAGCUGUCAAUCAUACAGAAAAGCAAAGAUCUACACAGUGAUAACUAUGUCAGAGUUCUUAUAAAUGUUAUUAUUCUUUAAAUUUAACAGAAUUAUUAGAUAUAUUUAAUCAAGAAGACAACCAUCGCGUAUGGCACAAAUUUAUUCUUGACGAACACUCAAGUGCAAUUCUUUUCUCAUCUCAUUUGUUGUAAUAAGAAACAAGCGUAAGAUAAUGUAUCUCCAUGUCAAGAUAGCAUUGUUAAUUUACUUAUAAAAUAAUUAAAAAAUUCAAAAGACUAGAGGGUUCUAAAAAUUUUUGCCGAAUGUAUAGAGUAUAAAAACAAUUAGUGUUAUUGUUAUAAAAUUUAUUGUUUUGUUGCAUACUUAUUGAUUUAUAAUUAUGCUGUUUUUUAAUUAUGAAUUAUUUCAUUGCCUUUUUAGUACUUGCCUAAUUUGUUGGUGAUGAAUUAAGACCUGUUUUUUGUGAUAAAUGAUUUACUAGAAUUCAUAUAUUUUUAAUACUCUAUGUUCGGCAAACUUUAACAAUUAAUAUAAAAAAUAA